GUUCUCAUCAGACUUUCGACAAUGGUUCAUCUCAACCUCCUCGCUGCUGUGCUCUCUGCUCUUGCUCUUGUCUCCAGCGCUGCGUCCAUCAGCAGGCCUGGCUCUGCCCGGGACCUCAGCAGUGUCGACAUCGUCACUACGCUUCCCGCUGAAGCCACUGCCUUCGGAUCGGACAACGACACGGACUGGACCGUCGCGUACGACAAGGACUUCAAGGCACUCGGCCGGCUCAAGAACGAGGACUUCCAUGCGCUGAUCGACCCGAGCGGUAACUCGACCCAGCUGGCCGCCAGACAGGUGACGCGUGGUCGUCAUUGCACCGAGCUCUCUGUCGGCGAGCUCCAAAGCCUUCCUGCUUGGUCCGACCUCGAUGGGUAUGUCAAAGGAAGUCUUGCCUCUCGAGGCCGAUACAAUGUCUGGACAAACUGGGACGGUGCGGACCGAGCCAGGGCCUGUGUCGCCGACGACCACGUCUCCAUCGAACGCACGGGACAAGCCCAAUGCAACACCGGCGAGCGGACCUUUAACGGGGACCGUGUCGGCCGGAGCGGUAUCCUCCGUCUGGAGGCCCUGUCUGGAUCGGGGACGACGAUCAGAGAGUCUAUCACCAGAGCCGCGAGCAUCGGGUCGCGUUACACCGUCCCGAGCAUCGACUUCGAUAUCCCCAACAUCGGCGAAGCCACCACGCCCUACCGGGACUCUAUCUCGUUCAGCAACGAGCUCGGGAAGAACUUUGAGAAGACCAUCAGCAAGGAGAGCACCCGCUCUGUCGAUGUCCGUUCGGAGUUCGGAGACUACUGCAGCAUGAUCGUUGAAACUACCACUUGCGAACAGCAGUCCCGCGGUCGUGUAGGCUUCGUGGCGGAUGGCUACAUCCGCUUCGGCUUUGACUCUCGUGUCCGGGACCACUCCUACUGGCACCUGCCUCUCUCCCGGGAAUCUCGGGACAAGCGCACCUCGUACAUGGAGUUCACCGGUUCGAUCAACUCGCACGGAUAUGGCCGCUACCGCUCCGAGUGCCACAAGUAGAGGCAUCCGAGAGUUCCAUACGUACUUGACCUGUACAUAGCCUUCUAUCUUUCUUUCUACUUCUACCAUGUACCUUGGACUAUGAUUUGAUAUGAACGUUGUCUUGUGGGGGGAUUUCAUCCUUCUCAUCCCCCCAUGCUGGA